AUGAGUGAUAACGACGAAAACAGUGACUGUUCGCCUGGUUGGACAACAAAAAAAAGGAGUGCGAUGAGCUCACCUGCUGCCGCUUAUGCUUCUGCUGAAAAGGAAACAAGUAAUGAUGAUACAGGUACUAGCAACAGUACUUCGUCUGUGAUGGAAAAAGAACUUAAUAAAGCAAUAGAAAAAUCAAAAACCAAAACAUAUCCCAGAUCAGUGAAGAAGAAAGAAGAUAAUAUUUAA